CACUGGGGCUUUCUUGAGUGUUUUUGUUUCUUAUCCGAAACCACUUUUACGCUGUCAAAUAUAAUUUAACAAGUGGUCAGCCUGCUAAUACCUGACUUUAGCCAUCUUUCAUUUCCUCCACAAACAAACCAAUCUAUUCAAUAGCUGCAAUGGCUACUAUUCCAUCUCUACCAAUUACCCAAUUUUCAGCCCCAAAACUUGAUGCAAACACAAAUUCAUAUUCCCAAAGAAUUGACACUGCAAACCCGCUUUCUCUGCUACAUAAAUGCACCUCUCUUAGAGAGCUCAAGCAAAUUCAAGCCUUUACCAUCAAGACCCACCUUCAGAAUGACCUCGGUGUCCUAACAAAACUCUUAAAUUUCUGUACUCAGAGUCCCACUACCUCAUUGAUGGAUCAUGCCCAACAUCUCUUUGACGGAAUUUCAGAACCAGACAUUGUUCUAUUUAACACCAUGGCUCGUGGUUAUUCGCGCUCCGAAACUCCAUCUCGAGCAAUUUGCCUCUUUGUUCAAGUUUUGAAUUCUGGCCUUUUUCCUGAUGAUUAUACAUUUCCAUCUUUGCUUAAAGCAUGUGCGAGCAUGGGUGAUACAGCAUUGCAAGAAGGUAAACAAUUGCACUGUUUUGCUAUCAAAUUUGGGCUGAGUAACAACGUGUAUGUGUGUCCUACACUUAUCAACAUGUAUGCGGAGUGUAAUGACGUGGAUGCUGCUAGGCGGGUUUUUGAUAAGAUAUCAGAACCGUGUGUUGUGUCAUAUAAUGCAAUAAUAACGGGUUAUGCUCGAACUAGUAGGCCAAAUGAGGCAUUGUCGUUAUUUCGCGAAUUGCAAGAAAGAAAUAUUAAGCCUACAGAUGUCACUAUGCUUAGUGCAUUAUCAUCUUGUGCUUUGCUUGGAGCAUUGGAUUUAGGGAAGUGGAUACAUGAAUAUAUUAAGAAAUAUGGGUUUCAUAAGUAUGUUAAAGUGAAUACUGCUCUUAUAGAUAUGUAUGCGAAGUGUGGAAGCUUGGAUGAUGCUGUUUCUAUUUUUAAUAACAUGAGUGUGAGAGAUACACAAGCUUGGUCUGCAAUGAUUGUGGCAUAUGCAAUUCAUGGGCAGGGUUAUAGAGUCAUAUCAAUGUUUGAGGAAAUGAAAAAGGCACAAUUGAGUCCUGAUGAGAUUACAUUUUUGGGCCUUUUGUAUGCUUGUAGUCACACUGGAUUAGUGGAAGAAGGUUGCAGGUAUUUUUAUAGUAUGAGCGACAAGUAUGGGAUUAUUCCCGGUAUCAAGCAUUAUGGAUGUAUGGUGGAUUUACUUGGUCGAGCGGGAUGUUUGGAUCAGGCUUAUAGGUUAAUUUAUGAAUUACCUAUCAGGCCCACUCCAAUACUGUGGCGAACCUUGUUAUCAGCUUGUAGUAGCCAUGGGAAUCUAGAACUGGCAAAGCAGGUUAUAGAAAGAAUCUUUGAACUAGAUGACUCUCAUGGUGGAGAUUAUGUAAUCUUAUCAAACUUGUGUGCAAGAGCUGGGAGAUGGGAAGAUGUGGAUUUUUUCAGGAAGCUGAUGAGAGAUAGAGGUGUUGUGAAGGUUCCUGGCUGUAGUUCCAUAGAGAUAAACAAUGUAGUUCAUGAGUUUUUCUCUGGGGAUGGGGUGCAUUCUGUUUCCACAGACCUGCACAGAGCACUUGAUGAGUUAGUUAAAGAAUUAAAGAUGGUUGGAUAUGUACCAGAUACUUCUCUAGUCUAUCAUGGGGAUAUGGAAGAUGAAGAGAAAGAAAUUACACUUAGAUAUCAUAGUGAAAAGCUGGCUAUUGCUUUUGGGCUCCUAAACACCCCGCCUGGAACAACAAUUCGUGUUGUGAAGAACCUAAGGGUGUGUGGAGAUUGCCAUUCUGCUGCUAAACUUAUAUCGUUAAUUUUUGAUAGGCAGAUAAUCCUAAGAGAUGUCCAACGAUUCCAUCAUUUCAAAGGUGGAGAGUGCUCUUGUGGGGACUUUUGGUAGUAAAAUUGAUUUAUCAUAAAUCAUCAGAAUCAUAACAGAGAGGUCCAUAUAUGCCUUGUGUUUUGUGACUAUCUCCCCCCAAGAAUUAUUUGACAGGUUGUUUCCAAGAUUUCAUUGCAUCAAGAUGCAAGAGAGCAGAGAUGGAGUAGGUCACAUCUUGAUACUAAUCUUAGACAACCCCGCUUAAUAUUUUAUGCAAUUUACUGGAAUAGAUUUACAGGUACCAAAUCAUUUAAUGUGUAUAUGACCAAGAUGCCUCAAUAUGGCCACUUCUUGAAAGGGAGUUUGCAAUGGUAGACAGACAUUGGUCGGUAAAUUUGUAUCAAGCCAUAUAAAACAUUGCAUUAUCACCUUUUCCUCAAAAGAAAGCGCAUACAUAUCAGGAGGAGAGAUAGUAUCCUAAUCCAAAUUUUCAAUCUUGGUCAAGUUCUUCAAAAUACAGUGUCUAGGAUUUCUUUGUGUUUCACAAGUGGCCAGGAUCAUAUUGUGAUACCUCAAGAAGUUUUUAUCCAACAACAGGAAAGCUUGUAACAGGUCUCACUUUUUAUGGGUUGUGGACAAGUUACAACAAUAAUUCAUGGCCAUCGUGUUGCGAUCCUAACAAUCCUUACACGAACCUCAGACCUAACAAGCACAAUGCAAAUUAGUUGGCCAACUCUUGCAUGCCCAAUAGGGAAUGGCUCAAAGUUUUGGGCACAUGGAUGGGACAAAUGCAGAACAUGCUCACAGAGUGUCCUUGACCAGCAUGACUACAUUUAAUCAGGAUUUAAAGCAAAUGGCUUUUUCAGUAUCACAGAGUAUUAGAAGUGAAGUUGGAUAUGAUGCUGAAGUUGAAUGCAAUAUGAAUGCAUCGAAUACCAGCCAGGUGUAUCAGGUAUAUUUGUGGACCGUUACAUCAGGUAAAAAUCUUAUUGAAUGUCUAGAGCAUUGCUGGUACAGUUCCCUUCAUUCUAGAGAUAUGAUUUGGGACUGGAAAUGGAUGCUUUCAAUAACUCAACAUUUUGAUCGCUUAGACUUGAAACAAUAUAAGUUCAAGCACAAUAAUUCCUGAAAGAAGAGAAAUAAUUUGAGAUGUAA